GGAGGAAAGAAGUUGUGGAGACGCAGCCCUUGGUCAAGGAAAUGCAGCUCAGAUGGCCAGCUCUCUUCUUGAAAGAACAGAUUUGUGCGGAAUUCUCACGCAUUACCACCAAGGAUCUCAUGGGGACCUUCAUGACUGCCCUCGACACUUACUCACUUCGGCUGAUUAAGCUGUAUCGAGUUAGAAAAGCUGCUUUCCGCAAUGACAUGGAUUCCCUGUUGCAGAAGUUUGAUGAACAGGUCUCAAACAUAGUCCAGCAUCGACGAACCAUCAGUUUGGAAGGGUUACCGAUAUUUGUUCGCGACGACGAGACCAAACUCUUCUUAACAUGUCUGGAUACAGAUCCAGUUGAGAGGGCAACCCGAGGCGUUAUGGUGGGCAUCCUCACUGUUCUGGAGGACUACGUGGGACCCAACUCGCAGUCCACAGUGAUCAACACUGCCAUUGUUUUGGAAGAGGACAUUAUUCUUGAUGAUCUGCCAGACCUUCCUACUGCCUUUGCCUACCUGUUUGGCCUACUUUAUGGGCUCAACAUGGAGUUUCCCAAAGAACUCAAGUACACAUUUGAAGCUGUGCAACACAUUUUUAUGGAGUUGACAUCUACCUGUUCCCAGAGGAUAAGAAGCUUCAAAACCAAGCUCUUAACCAAAGUCUAACCUAUUUGAGAACAUGUUCAACUCAAAUGCAACUUGUGUAAAACAGAAUGCAGCAAUUUGUUUUGAUUUACAGUUUUUGGGUUUCGUGGUAAGUUGCUCUGAAAAAAGUUAAUUUCUGGCUUUAAGAAAAUGGUAAGGUGCAGAAAGUUCUGAAUCAAUCUCUUCUGUUCUAACUUUACUUAAUGUAGCUUGCAUGACUGAUUGCAGAUUUCAUGUAUAACAAGUUUUUAUACAAUGUUGAAAGGGUUUAUUCUAACUUGAACUGUUUUAAACAAUUUUUAUAAUCUGGUUUUAGGUACAUUUGUAUUAGUUUUAUAACAAAUGUGGUGCGAUACUGAACUUCAGAGGAAAUUGAGUGGAGAGAGAGAGAGGAGUGUUGAUACAUUACUAUUAAAAGACAAGUGGUGGAAAAAUUUGUUUGAAAGUUGUUUGCUGUAUGGAAACCAGAUAUUCACAUACCAGAUGUUCACAUCUUGCCAUCUGAUGUUUUGAAUCUGUUUGUUAGUGACUAUCUAUCAAGAUAGGUUUGAUAUUCUGUCUGACAAUACCACACCUUUAAAAUUGGAUGAGUAACAUUUGUUACAAAAAUUUGACUUUUUUGUGUUUUUGAAAGGACUUUAUUUGUGGCUGAAUGUUGUCAGUAUGUUAAAAAUGGCUGAUCUCAAAAGUCAACAUUGUCAAUGGUGCAGUUGUGUUUGAACACAAAGUUACUUGAAAAUCAACUGUGUAAACAUUCAUUGCUACAACAGGGAGCACCUCAAGAAAACUAUAAAAGAUACUUUUUCUAAACUUUAGGAAAUUGGCAAAACAAAAAGAAAUAUGUUGUGUAAACUUUAGGAAAUAUGUUGCUAAAGCUAAAACUAAUACCUUGUGUAAACUUUAGGAAAUACGUUGCCAAAACUAAAACUAAUACCUUGUGUAAACUUUAGGAAAUACGUUGCCAAAACAAUAAAAUAUGAGUUAAGAAAAAGCACAAUUAUUAAUUUUGUAAACACAAAAACAUUAGCUGAAGCAACUUUUCUCCUAAACUUAAAAUUAUAAGUUAUCCAUCAGAACCUAAAAACGUAAAUGCAGUGGGUUGCCUUGAGUUUUUAAGUUUUCGCAAGGUUUUUUUUUUUUUUUUUUUAACAGUGCAUCACAGUAGAUGCCUUUGUGUCAAAGUAAGUGGGGAUAAAACACAAAAACGUGAAGGAGAUUUUCCUGGCCUGGGAUUUUAUAAAAAUAUUCUGCAGUAGAUCAAAAACGUAAGAAAACCAUUGAUCAACAUAUGAACAUUACCUGAUGCUGCUGAAGUGAAGCAGAGCAAAGUUACAGAGGUUUUAUUAGAGACACAGCUAAGUGUUUUGCAUAAUUUAAAGUUUAAAAUUGUUCAGUAUUGAACAGCAGAAAUGAGGUCAAGGUACUUCUUUUCGGAAGUAAGUAAAAGGAAAAAAACAGCGGCCAACAGCGUUGUAAACAACGGUAGACUUGUGUAACAAGCAAGCAAGUAAUGCAGAAAACAGAGAUUUUUAGAUGGGGAAACUACGGUGGCCCCUAGAGACAAAGCUAUGGGCAGAAAUCUGUGCCAUCAGAAACUGAAUUUGAAUAAGUUAAAUUUGAAUUUGAAUUGCUCAGAUUGAAUCUGAAUUGUAACUUGAAUAAAUGCUUUUGAAAACUGAA